CAGCUAAGAGCCGGAGGAAGGGAAGGACCCCUCGUCGCCGUGUGAGGGGACGCGGCCCGGCCGGGACCGGAGCGGUGAGAGCUCCGCGGGAUCCGCCGGGCACCGAGCACCGAGUCACACCGAGUGUUACCCCGCGCUCUGCCUCCCCCCGGAGCACCGAGUCACACCGAGUCCCAGGCCCCGGGAUCGCAUCUCCGCCGGGGCCCGGCGGGGGCAGCGGGGCCGUCGGCGGAGUGGUCCCCCCGGGCGAGGAUGUCCGGCAGCAGCCCGGGAAGGCCGGCGGAGGUGACGGAUUGGCUGGAACAUGCAUCUGAUGACUUCUUUGGAAGCACAGGUGUUCCCCCUUGUGCAGUUCCUGUGAAGCCGCUGAAAGGCAGCUCUGGCAGAGGCCGUGGGCAGAAGCAGAAGGACCUGAGCCCUGUGCCAGAGAACAGCAAAGCCAAAGCUCCUCCCCGGAAACGAGCGAAGCCGUGUGCCGUAGAUCUGCCCCGUGCCACGUCCAGGCAGAACCGGAGCCGGGCCCAGGAUGAGCUGCCCUGGGUGGAGAGAUACAAACCUGAAACUCAGAAUGACCUCGCUGUGCAAAAAAAGAAGAUUGAGGAAGUUGAAACCUGGUUAAAAACACAUAUAUUUCAGAGGCAGACAAAGCAGGGUGGCUCUGUCCUGCUGCUGACUGGCCCUCCUGGCUGUGGAAAAACUGCAACUCUGCAAAUUCUAGCCAAAGAUCUUGGCCUUCAGGUGCAAGAAUGGACCAAUCCACUCUCUUUAGACUUUACAAAGGAAGACUUGAGAAGUAUGUUUGACCAUGACUCAAAUUUUCAUACGUUUCCGAGUCAGGCCCAAGCAGCUCUCUUUCAAGAUUUUCUUUUAAGAGCAAAUAAGUAUAACAAACUUCAGAUGCUUGGAGAGUCCUCAGAAAAUGAUAAAAAGCUUAUUCUUAUUGAAGAUAUUCCUAACCAAUUCUACCGAGAGCCUGGCAGUCUACAUGACAUCCUCAGGAGGUUCGUUCGUACAAGUAGGUGCCCCCUUGUCUUCAUAAUCUCAGAUAACUUCAGUGGAGACAGCAGCCAGAGGUCACUGUUCCCCACGGAAAUUGUAGAGGAGCUGUGUAUAUUCAAUAUUAGUUUCAAGCCUGUUGCACAGACAAAUAUGAUGAAAGUUCUUAAUCGAAUAGCUGCAGCCGAAGCCAGUAUGAACAGAGAGAAGAAUUACACCCUUGAUAGAACUUCUCUGGAGUUGCUUUGCAGAGGUUGUUCAGGUGACAUAAGAAGUGCAAUAAACAGCCUUCAGUUUUCCUCUAUGAAAGACUGGUCAUUGGAGAAAGAAUUUUGGUCAAAGAAGAAGAAGAGCUCCACAAUAAAAUGUGAGGAAGCAGGAGUAUCCAAAGUACAAAAGAAAAGUAGACAUGAUACCUCAGAAGACCAAGAGAUACAAGCUAUUGGUGGCAAAGAUGCAUCCAUCUUUCUUUUCCAUGCUCUGGGGAAAAUAAUUUAUUGCAAAAGAGAAGCAGUGUCAGAAGCAGAGUCCCCUCAGCUGCCUGCUCACCUGUCCAAACACCAUCGGGACACCUUGCUCAUUCAGCCUGAGGGUAUUGUGGAAAAAUCACAUAAGUCUGGAAGCAUAUUCAAUCUCUACCUUCACCAGAACUACGUGGACUUUUUUUCUGAUAUAGAUGAUGUGGUGAGAGCCAGUGAAUAUUUGAGCACUGCUGAUGUCCUUUGUAGUAACUGGAGUACACGGCUUGUGAUGGAGAACUACAGUGCCUCUGUGGCUACCCGAGGGGUCAUCCACUCCAACACAUCCAGAGCCUUUGCCCACCAGCAGGGGGGAAUGGGGUUCCGACCCUUACAUAAACCCCAGUGGUUUUUGAUCAGUAAAAAGUAUCAGGAAAAUUGCCUUGCUGCAAAAUCUCUGUUUUCAAGCUUCUGUUUACCACCUGAGUGCCUUCAGACAGAGCUGCUGCCUUACCUUGCUAUGUUAACAAACCCGAUGAGAAACCAAGCUCAGAUUGCUUUUAUCCAAGACGUGGGGAGGCUGCCACUGAAAAGACAUUUUGGGAGGCUGAAGCUGGAAGCUCUGGGUGACAAAGACCCCGGGGUUCCGGAGCUGUUCUGCUGCGACGGGGACGGUGCCGACGGCGAUCCCGAGGGGCUCCCGCUGCCCUCCAGCCAGUCCAGCGGGAGUGACCUGCCUGGCAGCCAGCCCCAGCCCAUCGCGGCUCAGGCCAUCCUGGAGGAAGAGGAAUUGAAAAUCGAGGAAUAUGACAGUGACUGAGAGACCAGGACACAGCCAGUGCUGUGCCUGAGUGGAUUCGUGUGCUGCAAAGGCCUUUUGCUGAAAAGCAUGGUCUGCCCAGCAGUGCUGCCCAAGCCGUGCAGGAGAGCUAGGAGCCGAGUCUAGACCAGCUGUGUGAGCAUUGAGACAGCUCUCGGCAUCCUCCUCCCUCUGCAGGGUCAGCCUGAGCUGAGUGCUAAGGUACAAGCUAUUUCCUGCCCCUUCUGAGCCAUGACACUGCCUGAGGGGGAUGACAAGAGAGAAAUAAAUGACUGAAAUCAGUUUGAAAGAGACUACAGAUUAGCAGUGUCAGUCUUAAGUUAUUUUUACACAUUUUAAUCUACUUUGCAGUAGAUUAAGUUGUCAGCAUUUGAAGAGUUUAUUCAAAUUCACACUUUCAGAAAAACUGCUGUUUGGAAGUUUGGUCCUUCUUGAAAGAAGAGGCUGAAAUUUACACCUAAGAAGUCUGAUGUCCCAUACUGAUGAUGUACAGGAACCUUCUACUGUAUUAAUACUGUUUUGUACUGUGCCUUACAGAAGACAUAAAUAAGAUUUUCAUGUCCUUAUAAGUGGAAAAAAUGUUGUGCCAGAAUUAUUUUGUAUUCCUCUUGGAAAGAUAUUUGCAUAACUUUCAGAGGGGAAAAGGCAGCAAUUAAGCAUAGGUUGUACUUUGUAGGACGUUAAAUGUGUCAUGUGCAGUUUUUUCCUUGAAUUGCAGUUGUGCUGGGGGAAACACUGAUCUUGUGUUUGGUAACUGGCACAUGAUGGAGUGCUGUGGUUAGUAGUACCCCAACAGGGAGGAAGACAAGUCAAACCAAAACAGCUUUGUAUGAUGCACGUUUGCAUUUCUGUAUUGCUUACAGCUGGUUUAGUGAGAGAAAACACGUGUUUAUCCCCCCUGACCUUGGAGCAAUGCUAUUAAAGAGUCUGGAUCUGUCCCCUCCCAAGGGACAGGUGUAGUCUUUUCAUCUA